AUGAGGCCCGUUGGCAAGCUGCUCACCCGGGGCGUCGGUGCCCUGGUAUUCCCGGCCCUGGCCCUGGCCCUGGCCGCGGCGACCGUCUCCGCGACAGCCGCCGCGUCCUGCUGCUCCGCCGGCAUCCCCGCCCCCGGCUACUCGGGGGCGUCUCCAAGUCCGGGUCCACCGUCCGCGUGCGGCUCGUGCCGGCCCUCGGCGGUCUUUCCGUCGAGCGUGCUGCUCCCCCCUGCCUACGGCGGCACGCGGGCAGCGACGCCCCACGGCCCAUCUGGCGCGGGCUCGACGGAAACACUGUCAACGCCGUCAACCGCUACAUGGGGAUCCCCGGCGUCGUCCGGCGGCCCGGGCAGCUCGUCAGGCUGCGCGGACGCGUCGUGGCCUUGCUACGAGUCCGAGUCUGGCGCAGGUGCUACGGAGACGACGUCUCGACAGACCGCUGCGCCCACGACAUUCGUCACCGUCACCAGGGCGCCGUCGUAUGAGGAUCCUCCCUCCUACACUGGGCCCCCCUCGUACGGGGGAGUCUAG